UAUUAGAAUUGAUAUGUGGAAAUAUUAGAAUUGAUAUGUGAAAAUAUUAGAUUGAUAUGCAUAUAUUCUUAGGAUCUGUAAUUAGUGAUAUGAUUUUAUUCUUUCCCUAGUUAAGUGAUCUUUUUAUUUACUUUCCUUGAUUAUAGGAUUCUCUUCCCUAUAAUCAAUCCUCUUCUUUGUAUAAAUUAGGGCUUGUAUUUUUCAAUUGAGAAAAAAACAAUUCAGAAUUUCUAACAUGGUAUCAGAGCCUGACUCUAAACCCCUAGCUCUUCUCUAUCCUCCCUCACCAAAUCUCUCCAGCAACUAUGUCUAAACCUAUUGAAACCCUUCCAGUUGAUUCCUCACCUUUAGAUGGGUCAUCACAUCCUUCUCACUCGAGUGUCACAAAUCAUCCUAACCUUCCUCAAGUCCUUGAUAGUUCUCCUCUCCCAAUCACCUCUCAUAAGCUCAACGGCCACAACUACCUGCCUGCUGAUUGGAAACCCAAACCCCAUACUGAUCAAUCCCGUGCUAAUGUGGCUGCAACCUCUGAAACAUCACCAAAUGAAGUCAGUCCUUUCUCAAAAAUUCAGCUUGAGGCGCUACAAAAGCUUUUUGGGCAGAUAUCUGUUGCACAACAGUCAAUCCCACCUUCCGCUGAAGCACAUGUUAGUAUGAUGAGUCAUCAAGGUUGUGGGCUCGGAGAAGGUGAUUGGCAGUGCUGAAAUUUGCGAUGGUCUCUAUAUUCUAAAAAACACUCCUGAAAAUAAACAUUUCCCCAAGUCAAAUUAUGGUUUCAAUUCUGUUUCUGUCUCCAAUGAGAGUCUAGUCAUGUUGUGGCAUUUUCGCCUUGGACAUCCAAAUUUUGUUUAUCUUGAAAAACUAUUUCCUGGUUUAUUUAUCAAUAAAAAACCCAAGUUUUUUCAUUGCGAAGUGUGUCAACUUGCAAAACAUACUCGAAGUAUUUAUUCAAGCAAUCCUUACAAACCUUCUCAACCUUUUUCGUUGAUACAUAGUGACAUUUGGGGGCCUUCAAGGGUGAAAAAUGUUAAUGGUUCUAGAUGGUUUGUAUCCUUCA